AACGGCCGAAUGGCUUCUCGUACUCGAAGCCCGAUUUCAUCUGCCACCGAGAGCUCCGGCCUCACCAACCCAAGAUCCUACAAAUCCACCUCCAGAAAGAAAGGCCUGUCAAUAGCCAUAAAUGCCGGCAUCGGCGCUGGCAUCGUAAUCGGCCUUCUCUCCGUCGGCGCAAGUCUUCUUCCUUCUCAAACGACGAAGUGACAGGGCAAAACAACCCUCAUCACUCGUCCGUCCACCCGUCAUGGUUGGCUCUCCAGGAGGAUUUGAUAAUAAGAUUAAUCCGCAAGUCGCAGUCACGGCGGUUUCUCCACCGUAUGCACCGCAGCCCCCAUCCCAGCCCCAACCAAAUCAAUUCUCGCUCCAAGCACCGCAGCCGGUGUAUCCCCCACAACCGCAAAUGCCUCCUCUUCCACAGCAACAGUUUCCACAGUAUGGUGGACCGCAGUCGCCUGUUAGUCUACCGCCACAAUUUGUUUCGCCUCCAUCAUCACUGCUGCCACGCGGGUUGGAGUUGCAAGGGAGUCUGGUUGCGCAGCAGCAACAGCAACAGAGCACAAGAGCGUUUGAUGGGGCCAAACUACCUUCCGGGACUGUGCAACGGCCACAUGAGCUUUCAUGAAUCCUAAUGAUUACCAGUUUAAGAUUCUAUGUCUGGAUCAGCAUGAUGGGCGUUGAUCAGAUAUAGCUUGGAGUUUAGGACGUAAUAUACCAAAGAUUGGUGCGGAAGUGUGCAUAUUACAUUUGAAUUUUACAUGUAGUGCAGACAUGUUUUUGUUCUUUGUCUAUCUUGAACUUGCAAAU